GUCUCAGUUUCACAACCGGACCUAUAAAUUCCCCCUCAUCGUCUCGCCCAUGCGCGAAUCGCUCUGCUCUCCUCUGCUCUGAGUGCUCUCUCCUCUGCAAGUCUCCCAGCAGCAGUCGAAGCUCGCAGCCAUGAAAGGUCUCAGGAACGUCACGGUCGCUCAGAAGAAGCCGGACGCACAGAUGCCGAAGAAACGCAAGGCUGAGCAAGAGGCUACGAAGAAGAAGGCGAGCAAGAAGGACUCCGGAGCUCCGAAGCGUCCUCUGAGUGCUUACUUGCUCUUCAUGGAGGAUUUCAGGAAGACGUACAAGGAGAACUUUCCAGAUAACAAAUCGGUCGCAGUGGUUGCCAAAGCUGGUGGUGAGAAAUGGAAAUCCAUGCCUGUUUCUGAGAAAGCUCCCUAUGCAGAGAAAGCCUCGAAGAAGAAGGCGGAGUAUGAAAAAGCUCUGGCAGCACAUAAGCAGAAUAUGAAUUCCAAAGUGGUAGGCGAUGCGGAGCCAGCCCAAUCAUCGAAAUCCUCUUCCGAAGUCCACAACGAUGGUGAAGAGGAAGCCAGCUCUUAAGGUGACCUGUUUCGGAUGGAUGCAAGGUCAUGGGAUGCAGAACACCAGAGUAUAUGCACUCGUUAUUCCAUUUAACACGUCGUAUCUUUAUGUUCUUAGCUGCGAAGCCAUUCCUAUGUGGACAAUCCUUUUACAUGGCUUCCUAGUAUAUCUUAGGCUGGAUAAUACUCUUUUGCUAAGAAGUGCAGUCUGUUGCCCGAAUUACUAAUCGUAUUAUGCAUCUGUAUCUUUGGGUUGCUUCGACUUUAAUCUCUUGGUAUGAAGCCUCUUCAACGAUUGUGAUCGUCUUUAUCA